AUGGAUCAUACGAUUCAAAACUGUACUCGACCUUCAGACCAAUCUGGUGGAAGCGGCUCUGUGGCUUGCUUCCAGUGCGACAAGAGUGGGCAUUACAAAACGGAGUUUCCUCAGCUGCAAGGAGGGCAAGGGAAGGGUCAUGAAAAAAUAGGCAAGUCAAACCAUAACAGGCCGACCACAACAGCAAGGGUGUACGAGCUAUUUCGAGACAAUGGCGCUUCUGGAUCAUUUGAUUCAAUCUCUGGUUGUGCAGAGACUAGCACCGGUACAGAUUCAGGGUGUACAUACGAUUCAGAUUUUGUCUGGAACCUGAGAACGCUAUGGAAAAGAGCUGCUUGCCUUGCCGUCAAUUCUGUAAGGAUUGAUGAAGGCAUGACAAUGUGA